AUGUGUGUUCGAAAAGAGGAAAAUCUUGUGAGAUUGGAAUCUGCACUCACUCUUGAUCGAAAGAACAUGUUUCUUCUUCCUGCUUGGAGAAUAUUCGCUUCGGGAUAUGACACUGAUCUUACUCGUGAUGUUGUCGAGAGCGCUCUGAGAAAACAUUUCGCUUCAUGUGGAGAGAUCACUGAUGUUUAUUUUCCAGUGAACUAUCAUGAGGAUAACAGAAUCUGGAAAUGUGCUUUUAUAUAUUUUGUGGGAGAGGGAGCAGUGGAUAAGGCUUUGAAGCUUAACGGAAGUGACGUGGAUGGAUGGAAUGUCUCUGUUACUGCUUAUCCUUUUCCCGAAAAUGCAAACAGUUCCGGUGAUGUAAAAGUUGAAGGAUAUGACCCUUCCCUUAGUCGUGAUGAAAUCCUGAGCGCAAUGACUACACUUUUCUCUUCUUACGGAGAGAUUAGUCCAAUCUUUUUUUCAGAUCGCUCAGUUCUAUUGCAUAUUGAGGGAAAAGACGCUGCAGAGAAGGUGCCUGAACUUAAUGGCAUCGUCAUCGGGGGACGCAAAUUAGUUGUUCGUCUUCUUUCUGGACUAGACAAAUCCACCCGCCACCCACGCCGCUUACGUGGCGGCCCCAUUUGUGGCUAAUACUUCCAUAAAAUUUGAUUCUUGAUUCUUUGGUAACAAAGUUUAAAAACUUUCGGGUUAUUUUAGAUAAAUAAGUUUAAGACGUCUGAUGAGUUGAAAGACUCUCUCUCUCAGGAGUAAAAGACAAAGCUCUCUUUGGUGUGUGUUUACUACUUUACUGUCUGGAUGUGAUAGAGCCUCUCUCUUUUAUUUGUUAUUAUGCUUCCCUUGUGGAUCUUAAAAUAAAGGAAAUUCCAUA